AUGGCACGCGAAAUCUAUAUCGGUCAAAGCUUGAAGAGCAUAACGUUGAGGGAUUUAUGUUUCUGGAUGCACGACGCUUGGAGUGAAAUAAAGCGUACAAACCAAACUACCUCGGUUACCGUUGAUCAUUUACUGCUCCCCUCCAACUAUGAGUCGUUUGAUCACGAGGAUCUGUUCCUAAACACCGAUCCCUUUACGGACACCACCUCGUUGUUGGAACAGAACAUAGCCGACCUAAAUGACUUCGGCGAAGCCCCCAUCAACACCUAUGCCCUGGACACGAUUCCGCUUAAAAAUGAACCUCCACCAUCCAUGUUCGACGACUUCAUACGGAUGCCUUUCGAUCCGGGUUUCUUCAACCCGAACCAGAACGACCUUAACCCAGAGUCUCCCUCGGCGACAGCCAUGGACGAGGAACAGCCGACACCCAGCAGCAGCACGGCAACCGACUGCUGCCAGAAUUGUGAUGCUCGAAAACAACUCAAUUUGGCCGCAGCCCGCGGAGGCACGGAAGGUGUUGCUAUUAAACAGGAACGUCAAGAUGACGAUUGUGAUGAGCUCACGGAUCCCGGCUGUUCCGGGCCCGGCAGUUCCCAUCGGGGGCUAGCCAGCGGAGAAAUCAAGAAAGAACCACAAGAACAGGUUGAUGCCUUCCUUUCGUCGUCCUCUUCAACGGUUACGAUUAAGAAAGAGGAGGUCGAAGACGAGGAGGACCGGAAGCCGGUAACGGCCGAGUUGACACCGGAGGAAAUGGACCUCAUCGAGGUGCUCUGGAAGCAGGAUGUGGAUCUGGGCUUCACUCUAACGCCUCCGAUCGCGACGUCCACUUCCGGUAACGCCAUCGGAACAGCUCAGAAAUCACUGGACAAAACCGCUACCAACAGCUCCGAGGAUGAUCUGGAGAAGCUGAAGGUGCUGCUGGAGAUCAAGAAAGAUGAUGAUAAGAAGAAUGAUAAAAAGGAAGCCGAGGUAGAGGAUCCCUGGGCUGGACUGUCCUACACGAUCGAUGGCGAAACCGGUGAGUCAGCUUUUCCAGACCGACCCCAAGCACAGGUUUCCGAUGAAGGUGUAGAAUCUACAGGAUAUCGGGGAAAGUCCCGGCACCGGCAUCCGAACUCUCUGCCCCCCGUGUUUGAGAAAGGUGAAAAUGGGUUGGUCAAAAGAUUGGCACAGAAACAACAGUUCUUUGGUCAAGGAACCAUCCAAGGAUCCAAAUGUAUGCAAAUCAGUUCUGGUAGCCGAGAGAUAUCGAGCAACAAACGUUGUUAUCGUCUGGCGGCGGAAACUACCCACAGGUGCGGCAGUCAGACCAUUCCGUCGCGUACGAUCGCGAUCUCCGGUUCCCAGAUGCCGCCCGAGUGUCCCCCCAGUAUGGCACACUCAUUCAAACUUGCAGUUUUCGGUCCCUUCGAUGUUGAUCCUUCCCGCGUGCCGCUGAGCCGGGCCGUUUCGAUGGAACAGCGCUGGCAGGAUCUGGCCAACUUGCUGAGCUUUCCACCGGGCAUGGGCGUCGGCAUGGGGAUGGGCGAGAUGGCCGGACCGGCCCAUCCACACGCCCAUCACCACUACGCGCCCCACCACUACUCGUAUCAGCCAACCGGUGCCAUUCCCCAGCAUGGUCAGUACCAUCAUCCAUCGCACGCCGCGGUGCUGCAGAACGCAUCGCUGGCCGACAUCGGACCGACGCAGCCCCACUACGGGCCCAACCUGGGGUCGGCCGUCGCCACCAGCAUGCAUCUGACCAACUCGACCUCGGAAACCGAUGCCGGCGCAACCGGUUACAAGAUGGACCACGAGAUGAUGUACUAUUCGAAUGCAUCAUCGGAGAUGAAUCACACCGAUGGUUUUCUCAACUCGAUUCUCGAUGACGACUUGCAGCUGAUGGAUAUUGCCGUCAAUGAAGGAAUGUACACCAUGCGAAUGCUGGAACAUAACGCCACCAGUAGCAACUCUUCGGUUUUGGGUGGUGCCGGUGCCAUCGGUGGAAGUGCGGCGGCUACCGUGAUCGCCAAUUCUGCUGGAGCUGUUUCGAUGUCUCUGAACGGCUCAUCUGCCGGAGGAGCAUCGGCAACCGGAGGCGCAACAGGUGGGGAUCGGCUUGACGCGUCCAGUGACAGUGCCGUCUCAUCGAUGGGCUCGGAGCGUGUGCCCUCGCUGUCGGACGGAGAAUGGGGCGAUGGCGGAAGCGAUUCGGCCCAAGAAUACCACAACAAAUACGGCGGACCGUUCGACUACAGUUACAGUGCCAGUGUCAGUCGGAUUGGCGAUGGCACUCGGCAACAUCCGGUAGCUCAGAAAAAGCACCACAUGUUUGCCAAACGGUAUUUCCAGGAACAAAACACAACAAUUCCGGCGCUGGCGCCUUCUAAUACCACUUCAUCGUCGAGCACCAGUGUCGAUCAUCAACUGAACUCAAGCAUACCGAUCAAAUACGAAUACGACUACAUGCCCCCGGGAUCGAUGAGUCAUCUCGAGGGUGCAGUUGGACCGGUAGUGGUCACCAAACAGGAAGAUCAAGCCAGCGCUCACAAUCCGCUCUCGUCGGUGGACAUGAAAUAUCCGUACUCGCUGGACUUCGCCCGCCAAAACCCUACCAUACCGUCUUUGCCCCGGAACCACCAUCAUGAUGUAAUCCACCACAAUCAUACCUACACGCUGCCACACAACGCCGGUGGAGCCAACCCGAAACCACAAACGCGGGAUAAAAAGAUUCGCAAAGCUGAAGAGGAACACCUGACCCGGGACGAGAAGCGAGCCCGCGCUCUGCACAUCCCCAUGUCGUGCAACGAUAUCAUCAACCUACCGAUGGACGAAUUCAACGAGCGCCUGUCCAAGUACGAUCUGAGCGAAACGCAACUAUCGCUGAUCCGGGACAUUAGGCGGCGCGGCAAGAACAAGGUGGCCGCCCAGAACUGCCGCAAGCGCAAGCUGGAUCAGAUCGUUACGCUGGCCGACGAGGUGAAAGACAUGAAGACCCGCAAGGAACGAUUGCUGCGGGAACAGGACAUGGUCCUGUCCGAGAAAAAGCGUAUCCGGGACAAGUUCACGGCCCUCUAUCGGCACGUUUUUCAUAACCUCCGUGAUGGUGACGGCAAUCCGUACUCGCAGGAAAACUGGAGCUUGCAGCAGAGCGCCGAUGGAAGUGUGGUGCUCGUACCUCGAUCCGUUGACCGGCAGCACCAACAUCAGCAGCAACAACAGCAAGAUCAACUAUCGUCUGCUGGUGCCGGUGGAGUCAGCCAUCUGCACCACAAUCAGCAUGCUGGUCAUCAUCAUGGCAUUCAACAUCAGCUGCUGGCGACCGGUACCAGCAACAGCAACCAUCAGCUUCCUUCGGUGGUUCAUUUGCAUCAACAUCAGCAUCACCAGCAGCAGCAUCAUCCGUCGACGAAUGGAACCAGUAGCGGAAGUGCAGGAGCAAGUGGAUCCGCCAGCAGUGCUGCCAGUAAUAGCAGCAAUCGAUUGAAAGAGUGAUGCUUGUACCAUCAGCAUCAUUGUCACCACCAACAGCAGCAGCAGCAACAGCAGCAUUUGCUCCGACAGCACCCCACGUGGCCCCACACGUUGUUCUACUAAUACUAGACUAACCCGAGUCGGACUGUAAAAGGGGGCGUUUUCCGUGUGUUUCUAUAGGACGAGAAUUUGGGAAACCGUAGAAAGUUCCACAAAUAGGGGACCGGAGAAUAAGUGAAGGAUGGAAUCGAACGUACCUCAGGAAAUUUUAAAGUGAAGAAUCAUUAACUAAACAGCAGCAGCGGACAGCUAGCUUGAAUCUUAACACAACGUAGGACCGUCGGCACCCGGAAGCUUUGGGUGUGACACAUUUUUAGAAUCAACUAAAUCAUUCAGCAACUGCUUGUCGUUUAGAAUGACCUAUUACACUAGAGCGUAUCCGGUUAAGGUAGUUUGUCAUCUACUUAUAUUAACUCCUAAACAUUGAGGGUUCAAUUUCAGUACACCUAACAACAGAAGCAUUGAUUGUUCCGUUUGAUUUUCGUUAGCUUUAAUUUAUCCCAUAUGUCGGAAGAACCGCUUGACGCGGACAAAUUGAUCAUUGGUGAAGAAAGUUUCAAGCAUAGAAAAAAACGCUCAUAUUGAGCGUUGCCGUUUUGCUUCCUUGUUGCAAAAAAAAACCAAAAACUCUGGUUCGGUUUUCCAAAAAGUGAGCAGCUAGACAGAUGAUACAAGAAAAGAACAAAAAACUAACAUUCCGGUUGUUCAAAAUUAUUUUGAUCAAAGUGAUUAUUGGUAUCAUGUAUACUACUUUGUUUAUUUGCAUUCCGGCAAUGUGCAGCCGGUGGUUGAAUUCGACUACAAACACUCACAGAAAUCUUUUGCGAUUACAUUAUUUCUUUUUUUUUUCUUAAUAAAGGUAAAAUGUUUAGGAUACCAAAAAUUAUCAAGGUAGUGACAGAAUAAUGCUUUUGCUUCAAGCAUAUUGUUUUAAUUUUAAUGGAAUCCAAACGGUGAAAUGGCCUUACUUCAAAACUUGUUUAGAUGAUGAAGACAACCCGAAUUAUCACCUCUGAAUUAGCGCAAUACAAUGUAAGCCACCUUCAAUGUAAAUGUCAAUGUAGAUUCAUUUUGAAGCCACAAUUGAAAAAAACAAACAACUGAAGUCUCCAGUUAAGUUGUGUUAGUUCUCUCGAUUGUCCCAACUAUAAGAUCGAAGAAAGGAACGAGAAAUUGAUUUAAUCGGUUAAAUUUCUUCCAGCAUCCGAGACAUGAGCUAAAACAGUUGGCACGAUUUAUAUCAGACUGUUUGGUGAAGCUAUUUUCAAUGCCGUUUAUUCUUUUGUUGCACCGCAAACCAAUUUUCAAAAUAUUUUCCAUACCAACCACUUUAUGAAAAUUUGUAUUUUUUUUUUCAAAUCAAUUUGAGAUUUUUCAAAAAGCUUUAAUUUAUGCUCAUAGCUUUCAUCCUUUUUUGAUAAUUUAUCCUAGAAUCGAAGUCAACCAAAAAGAAAUCAAACAUCUUUAUCGAAAAUUUUUGUAAAAAGGCGGUAUCUUGCUUAGAGAUUAAAAAAGAAAUAUAAAAAUGUAAAAUAAAACAACAGAAUUAAAAAUGUCAACUCAACUUAAGCUUUCUUGAAACACAAAAAAAAACAAAAGCAUUGAAUAAGACACAAAAAAAAACUUCAAACCGAGAACAACUAACAAGAAACUAUUCAAAAGAGUUCGUUCAUCCAACGAAACAGGAGAAAACAGUAAAAUAUUAACACUUUUCAGCUGGAAACUGGGCACUGUUCUAAAUGUGGUAUGUUGAAGAUAUUAAUGAGGGAACGCGGGGCUUUCCCCGGUCGUGACUGGUGAUUGAAUUCAUGGAACACGCUUUUUCAAUAAUUUAAUUUAAUCUUAUAAUAUACAGAGAUGAGCAACAUAAAUUGGAACACAAAUAGAGUGUGGUGCAAAAUUAGCGGUGAUAAGUUCAUAUAGGAAGUAUGACGGGAGAAUCGAAAACAAAAAGGAAACUAAUCUUAUGUCGUAUUAUUAAAUGGAAGCAGUCAAAUGUCCUCUUUUCGUUACAAACACAAGUAAAUAACAUGCAACGAGUAACUAAUUAUUUAGCGCUUACAAAUGUAUAUGAUAACUGAGUUAUUUAAAUUAUUGGUUGUGUUAUGUUUUUUUUCUCUUCCCCCUUCUAACUCCUUCGACACCGAAGCAAGAAUAUUGCGCUUUUGAUAGUGAUUGCCUAGUUAUUAGACGGAAUGAAAGUACACCUUAUAAUCCUCUGUAAAACUGUUACACUUACUGUGGUACAAUUUUGUUCUUUACCUUCAAUCGAUAACAUGUGCGCGUGUUUGUGAUUAAUAAAUGAUAAAAAAAACACAAUACUUACGAUUACUCGUAUCGUGAUAACUGGAACCAUAUUUGAAAAGAAAAACGAAACAAAAAAUAAAACACAAUGUAUUAUAGAAUUCUUGAGCGGCUAGGUUUAAAUUGUCUGCUCCAAUUUUAAAGCUUGUUUUUUUUCCUUUUGGCUUUGGGUUUGAGCAAUACAACAAAAUGAUAAUAUGGAAAUUAAAGAUUCGACAACAUAAAUACACGUGAUCGGAAACUCAUUGUAAAAUAUAAAAAAGCGAGAGGGUGAGAUAUCGCGAUGUGGUGGAAAGCAAAAGCUAGGAACUAGUUGUAAGUCAUUAUUAAGAUUGCUAUUGUUGUGUACAUAUAUAAAUAUAUUAUAUUAUACUGAGAAAUAAAAACUUAAGAAAUCCAAA